GCAUGUUAUACAAAGUACUGAAGCAGACAGCACACAUCUAAUUUCAAGAAAUCUCUUCUAAUUUCGAGGUUUAAAUCUCUCUAAAAUAGUUACUGUACUUUAUUGUCCCAGUAAGUAAGAUUGUGUGACCUUUGGAAACAAUCAUAUAGAGAGAAUCUUUAGAUUUCAUUAUCAAGAAAUCUACAAACCAUGGCGGCAGACACAACUGGUAUUAUGGAAGGCUUUUUGUGUCCUGUAUGUUUGAAAGAUUUUGGAACAGUAUCUCAGUUACAGGAUCAUUUCGAGGAUGCACAUUCAUCUGAAGACAAGGCUGUUUUACAGUCUUUAAAAGGUUUUUUUGACAAAGCUAAAAGGAGAAUUUUAGGGAAUAAAGAAUUUGGGUUCAGAGAAAGCAAUACACAAAGUAUUGAAAAUCCCAGUACAACAUGUUUUUCUGGAUAUGAUCCUACUUGGUGGGAAUAUCAAGAACUUGGCGUUACACAUUAUCAUACUGAUGCAUUUCGAGCGGUGAGAGAUGCAAGAAUAGAUCAUUUUGUUGUUGAAACAAAUAAAUUACUAAUCCGAUUAGAUAAAUUAUUAGAUCCUGAUGCUCCCAGAGAAGCCUCAAAAAGAAAGGGUAUAGUAACAAUGUUUUCAGAUUAUCUUGGUUUUGAGAAGUCCAUUGUACCUUGGGUUCCGGAUGGUGCCGUACCAGCGUGUCUUUCAUGUGAAGAAUCGUUUUCAAUACUUCGUCGUAAACACCAUUGUCGUCUAUGUGGCGGAAUCAUGUGCAAUAAAUGUUCAGAAUUUUUAGGUUUAACUUAUGCACAAAAAUUAGUCAAUCCAGCCGUGUCAUUUGAAGGGGAAAGUGGAUUUUUAAAACGUUCAGAUAGCAGCACAAGUUUAAAUUCUUUAAUGGGGUUAGAGGCGGAAGGUCACAUGAGAAUCUGUAAAGGGUGUAGAAUGUUAUUAGAAAGGAGAGAUCAGAUGACGGAACAGAGAAAUAUUAAACCAACACUAGUCUUACUAUAUGAGAAAAUGAGAGCAUGUAUGCGAGAUGCCAAUGAACUGAUACCAGAAUAUUUACCCAUGGUCGAUUCUUUAAGUAUAGGAGAAGCUACAUAUAAUUGGAGUGAAGCUCAAGCAUUACGAAACAAACUAGUCCGUUUAUAUGAUGCAGUCGAUCAGUUAAGUAAGAGGAUUUUAAGCUUAGAGAUAAAACCAGAAUCUCCAAGUGCUCUUAAACAACAGCAACUACAAAAAGCUAUCCGAGUAUCUGCCAGUUAUUUUAUGCAAGAAAAUUUGAUAGGUUUACAGGCAUUACCGUCCGAGGACCAAUAUGAAGAGUUAAAAACAGCCAGACGGGCGGAGAUUCAGCGAAAAAUUGCUGCCGAACGACAAGCAGAAAUGGAAGCUCAACAACGAGAGAGACAAUCUCAAGAUGACACGGAACGUUCAAGACCUAAUGGUGAUAAAAAACUAGGUCAUACUAGAAAUGAUUCGCAUGACAGUGUCGGUAAGGGAUGGAAACCUGUGGAGGAAGGAUCUCGUGUGAGUAAAGUGGCCGAUCCCAUGUUACAACAAAUGGAAAUAAUUCGUGGGUAUAUUAAACAAGCUAAGGAAGCUCAAAGGUGGGAUGAAGUAGAAAUGUUGGAACAUAAUCUGAAAGAUUUAAAAGAUGAAUAUUAUCGUCAACAAACGAUUAACUUUCAAUCCUAAAAACUUAGCGCAUAUACACUGGAACGUUGCUAUAGUGAUACAGGGGCUUUGCUAUUGUGAGACUAUUAUGACUUAACUAUAAUGCUGUGGUUAGCAACUACCGACUACACCCAUGUUACACAGUGAGACUUUUAUUUUUUAUAAAGAGGAGUUCCCUAUGAUACAUAAUGUGGUUGGGAGCCACAAACUACACCCAUGUGUACUUGGUGUACUACAGUAAACCAGGUCACAUUGAGGCCCCAGUGUAUAUUAUAUCUAAGUCAUCAACAUAACCUUAUGUGAUAUAUCAUUUAUAAUUACUGUACAUUGUGAUGAACAAAAUGGCUAAAGUUCUGUGUUGAAACAUUUUCGCUGAGAGGAGACAGGGUCAAGCUUUUUUAAUUAAUAAAGGUCACAUUCAUAAGUGACCAUUCGUAUGUCUUUCUGUGUUCUGGCAAUGAAGAGACAAGAAUCGGUCACAUUGGGAAGUGACCAUGUGAAUGUCUGUCUGUGACAAGAUAUUUUAAAGUAACAGUCACAUUAAGAAGCGACCAUGCAGCUGUCUUUCUGUGACAAAAUUUAUUAAAGUAACGGUCACAUUAAGUAUUAAAGAAGCGACCAUGCAAAUGUCUUUCAAUGCUUUUUAAAGUUUUAAUGUGAGAAUUGCUACCUGUGAUUUUGUAUUUUAUAAAAAGCAAUUGUUUAUGGUGACUUUAUUUUAUACUGUAGUUUGUCAAUAUUUGUAGUGUAGUAUAUAUUUAGUCAUAGUGUAAUAUUUAUAUUUGUAUCUCGGACCCUUUAUAUUAUUAUGCAUUUUACUUAAGAAUCAAAAAUUAUUUUAUAAACAUUUGUGCACAGUUUGUUUCCCUUGGCUUAAAUCAAGGCUAUUAUUUGGGCCAUUUUUACUAGUGAAUGUUUCAGAUGCAUGCAAGGAGAUUCAUAUAUUUAAAUAUAUAUUUCCUUUAGUCAGUUCCUAAAUAUAUAGCUAUUAUUUGGAAAAUAUAUUCAUACUGGCAAGACAAUAAUAUUAUACUAUUCAAAAAAAGUAGGGGAUAUUUGAUUUUUAAGUGUUAUUAAAGUCACCUAAUGAAACUGACGAAGAAACAAAUGACAAAAUGAAAUGAAGUUCACAUUCAUCGAUUUAUUCCAAAUGAUCGUUAGACUAAGUAAGGCACAGACUGACCAUUAUAAGGGUAAAAUGAUACCCGGGGUCAAACAGCAAAGUUACCACAGCAUCACAACCAAGUCAGUAAGGGUAAAUCCUCCUCUGUUUGCCAAACAAGCAUUGAUCCGACGUGGCAUACUCCUAAUGAGACGUCUAAGGUCAUUUUGGUCCAGAUUGUCCCAUUCCUGUUGCAACGCAGCAGCAAGUUCUUGGACAUUGGCAGGACGUUGUUGACGUUGACGUAACCUCUGUCCAAGCAUGUCCCAGACAUGCUCGAUGGGGGAGAGGUCGGGACUCAGUGCUGGCCAAGGUAAUGUGGUGAUGUUUUGUUGUUGGAGGUAACCUGUAACGAUCCUGGCCCUGUGACAUCUUGCGUUGUCAUCCUGGAAGAUGAAACGCCGGCCAUGACGUCGUGCGAACGGCACGACAUGGACUGCCAAGAUGUUGUCCCGGUAGUAUUGGCCUGUAACACGCCCUGCAACAACAUGUAAAGCCGUUCUUCCAGCAACAGUGAUGCCUCCCCACACCAUAACAGAACCACCCCCAAAUCGAUCAUGUCUGAUGACGUUAACGUCUUGGAAGCGCUCGUUUCGACGACGCCACACCCUCCUACGUCUGUCCAAAAAAUCAACAGUGAACCUUGACUCAUCUGAAAACAUCACAUUGCUCCAGCGUCGAUUAUCCCAGUGUUGACGAUCCCUACACCAACGACGUCUUGCCUGAAUGUGAUGAUCUCUCAAACAAGGGAUCACGCGAGGACGUCGGGCGCGAAGGUGACCCCUAUGCAGUCGAUUCCGAAUCGUCUGGCCACGCACUCUCACACCAGUGUCUGUUUGAAGACGAGCGCUGAUCUGAUUUGCUGUGAUGACACGAUUUCUCAAGGCCAAGGUACGGAUAAAUCGAUCCUGGGCUUGAGUUGUCGCCCUUGGUCGACCUGAGCGUGGUCUGUCCUGUACAGAUUGUGUAUCACGGUAUCUGGACCAUAGCCUGCUUAUGACAGACUGAGAAACAUUCAUCGUCCGCGCCACAACCGCCUGUGUUGUGCCGAUCUGUAGCAUGCCAAGGGCACGUAACCUUUCAUUUUGGGUAAGCCGACGCAUAUCAAAAUUUGUUUUCUGGUCACUAAAACAAUUAAACUGAUGUUUCCACCCUGGAAUUCAAUGCCACAAUGACUGUAACAUUCAAAGUCAGAGUCGUGCAAAUCUUGGGUUGGACCCCCAUGAUGAUCCUAAGCAUCACCUGCAUUCCAUGCGGUAGCUAUUGGUGCGUUUGGGCGUCACAUGUAACUGGAAAUGUUUCUUCUGUUAGGUUCUAUAGUGACUUUUUUCGUAGUCAUUUGCAUAUUUUAGUAUUAUGCCCCCAAAAUCAAAUAUCCCCUACUUUUUUUGAAUAGUAUAUAUCUUACUUUGCACACAUUGUAUGUGAUACAAACUUCCAUGUAGUUUCCCCCCAAAAUAUAUUUAAGCUACUGGAAAUAUGGGCAAGGAGGUCACAGAAAUUCAGGCAAUCAUUAUACUUCUAUCUAUUCCACUUAUCAUUUUAGAACAUUAGGGGUGAAAUGUAAAGUAGCUAAGUCUCUAACUCAAUAUCAUCCAAAAUCUUCGACAUUGAAAACACGAUUUAUUUGUCGGUUUAAAUCAACAUUGAUGUUGUGAUCUUACCGGGAAAAGAUGGCCUUCUGAUAUCCAAUAUUUAACACAAAAUAAACAUUUUACAAUUGGUACACGAAUGGUGUACCAUAAUGCGUUUCAACGCUAUUUGUAAUAAGGACUCGAAAAACGAGGCUAGGCAUAUUCCAUAAGUCAUGUUAAACGGUGACGCUAUAUUCUUAUCUGGAUAGCAUGCCCAAUAAAUACUAUCGGCGUAGACUGGAAUAACCAGACGCUAGAGAUAGAAAUUCGGUUGAGAAUACUGGCGUAUUUCGCCGAACCUAAC